UUAACAUAAAAUCGAUAAAAUCCGCGCUUGCGUAUGUCACAAUUACGUAUCUUAUACUUAGUGCUUUGUGAACCUUUGUGAACUACGAAAGUAGUGUCAUUUAUCAGACUUAUUAUUUUAUCAAAAUAAAUUCAUAAUGAAAUCAGACGUCAUGAAUCUAGUUAGACAAAAUUUCCACGAAGAAUGUGAAAAAGCUAUUAAUGAUCAAAUAAAUUUUGAAUUACAUGCUAGUUACAUCUAUCUGUCUAUGGCAUAUUAUUUCGAUAGAAGCGACGUAGCUUUACCAGGUCUUUAUACAUACUUUAAGAAAGCUUCAGACGAGGAAAGAGAACAUGCCAUGAAGUUUAUGACAUAUCAAAACAAAAGAGGUGGCAAAAUUACUUUGAAACCUAUUCAAGAACCGCCAAGAAAUGAUUGGGAUAGCGCUCUUGUCGCUAUGACGGAAGCAUUGAAGCUAGAGAGGCUAGUUAAUCAGAGUCUUCUCGAUAUGCACGCAAUAGCAUCAGAACACAAUGACUCAAAUUUUGUAGAUUUUCUUGAAACUGAAUAUUUAAAAGAGCAAGUAGAUUCUAUAAGUGAACUUGCUCAUCACGUUACAAAAUUAGAAAGAGUUGGCGAUGGUCUAGGAGUAUAUAUUUUCGAUCAGGAGCUUAGAGAAUAAAAUAUUUUAAAAAGUAGCAAAAAAAAAAUAAAUAAAUAAAUAAAUAAAUAAAUAAAAUAAAAAAAAAAUAAAAAAAAUUAACGUAUGUAAACAAGAUCGUAACAAAAUAAAUUAUUAAAUCUAUAGUAACGAAUAAAGCGUUAUAUAAAAAUUAAAAUUAAUAUGUAUUUGAAAAAUGUAAAAUAUAAUAAAAAAGAUAAAGAAUAUUUAAUUUAUAACAAUUAAAUAGAUAUAUAAAAUUUGAAAGAUUGUUAAUUUCUGCAUUAAAGUAAUAAAUAUAUUUAUUACUUUAAUAAGAAAUAUCGGAAAAUAUUAAUUUCAAUUCAUGAAUCUUUAAAAAUGUAAAAACAUGUGAUAAAUAUUGUAAUGUAUUGCACAGCAUAAUGCUAAUCUGCUAAUAAAGCUUAGUAAUUCUGAA